ACUGCUGUCGAGCGGAGUGCGUCUACCGUUGACCGUGGCGGUCCGCCUCGAUCAAGCGACAAGGACAUCUCCGCCAGCCAAAUCACUACCGUCGAUGUCCCGAAAACGAACGUCUGCCAGUGGUCGCCCGAUGGUCGGGCCUCAACACCACGACGCUCUGCGGGCAUGCUCGUCGGCAACGGCGUGCUGUCCUGUCACUAGCUCGUGUGCUCGUGCACGCGCAGCGGGAGGACGAACCGUUUCUUAAGCGGGCGGAGGAUGCGAUGUCCUCGCGCGGGUAGGGGAUGCACUUUGGCUUCCCGCGGACAGCUCGAGGACGUUGUUUCUGCCGUGGUCGGAGGUCGUUCCCUCAUUGCCCGCCAGCUACUGCGCUUAGCGCGUCCGUGCUGCAGGUGGCGGAUCAGUUGAAGUUGUCAACGACGGGGAACAAACCCGGGGCGCGUAUCCGCCACCGCGCGCGAGGGGUGUGGCGGCGUAGAGCGUGUUCAAAACGCGGGGAUGAUGAAGGCGUAGCGGCGCGCGAGGGUAUGGAUGGUACGAGAUUAGGGCUUGUGCGCGGAAGGAGUCCGGUCAAAUCGGGCGCUGUCUACGAAGGGCGCAGUCAGAUCCGGCUCAGCCGGGUUCUGUUCUUUCCGUACCAUACCCUCAGCGAGGAUUUCAUCGCACAUUGUUUCUCAGCGCGCAUCACUAUGUCGAUGUCAAUCUAUCACUACAAUUUUAGUGACAAUGCAGUGAGCCUUCCUUAUCCCCCGCGGCCGGCGACCCCCGUGGCUUUGGCAAACAAGCUCAAGCAUCCUUAGCCUCCUACGCUCAUGUCACCGCCAAC